AUUGGUUCCGAAAGGAGAUGGCUCACCCGAGGCCGAAACUUUAUUUUGACAGCCGAUGACAGGCUAGGGCUUAUGUCGGAGGUGGGUGGGUGGAUAGUCGAGCAUUCCGCAGUGAGGGCAAGGUCGAUGGUGUGGGAAGUGCUGGAGGGGUACUUAUAUGGGAUGGUCGUCUCCUACGAAUUGGCUCGAUACUUUCACUUUGAUCAGCUCAACUAGAUCACUUCGCUCACUCUUCAGCGCCUUUUCAAAUAUUAACUUUCGUUCCAACAACCCCUGUUCAAGAUGAAGCUCUUCGCACUAUCCGUCCUCGCCACGCUGGUUUCAGCCUCCCCCAUCGCUGUGCCGGAAGCAAACGGUGUGGAAGCCCGACAGUUUGGUUCUGGCACCAGCAACGAGCUCGAGCAAGGGAGCAGUUCCAGCUGCCCGAAGGCGAUCUUCAUCUUCGCCCGUGCUAGCACCGAGCCAGGAAACAUGGGGAUUUCGACAGGUCCCGAGGUUGCCCUCGCCUUGAAGCAGAAAUAUGGCACGAGCAGCGUCUGGGUCCAGGGCGUCGGCGGGCCGUACGCCGCUGGUCUGGUUGAGAACACACUACCAGGUGGCACCACUCAAGCUUCGAUGAACGAGGCAGCGCGGUUGUUCAUCGAGGCCAACACAAAGUGCCCCAACACGCCGAUCGUAGCGGGCGGAUACAGCCAGGGAACCGCCGUAAUCGCCGGCGCAAUCCAGAAGCUCAGCGCCACAGUGCAAGACCAAGUCAAGGGCGUCGUGCUCUUCGGAUACACGCAGAACGCGCAGAACAACGGCGGCAUCCCGGGGUACCCAGCCGAUAACGUCAAAGUCUACUGCGAUGUGGGCGAUCUGGUGUGCUAUGGCACUUUGACCAUUACUGCGGCGCAUUUCUCGUACGCUGAUGAGGCGGCGGGGCCGGCGCCGCAGUUUUUGGAGGGCAAGAUUGGGGCUUAGAUGGUGGUUGGAGGUGGUUGGGUUUCUCGUGCUGAGAUGCAGUGCUCUUGGGGCUACUCUAUUAUGGAAUUUGACGAAAUUGGGAUUUUGCGUCCAUGAGGGAAUGUAUAUAUUUUUGACACAACUUGUGAAAUCACAUUCUUCUUC